AUACACAGCCUUGGCGACGUCUGAGGAUCGUCAACACGAGCGUAUAUAAGAAAUGCGUACACAAAACGCAUCGCAGUAUUCGUCAAGAUCUUACGAAGUAUCAAAAUGAAGUACCUCAUUAUCUUUACAUUCGCCCUGGCGGCAGCGGACGUAUCCCACGUAGUAUCACGCUCCGGUGAUCGUGACGCUAAGAUCCUGAAGCAGGAGCUGGAUGUAGGUCUCGAAGGCCAGUACCAGUGGGCAAUAGAGACGGACAAUGGUAUAUCGCAGCACGAGCAUGGCGCACUUAACAAUCCUCAAGCAGAGAAUGCUGCCCAGGUAGCUCAGGGAGAGGCUCAGUGGACAUCCCCAGAGGGUGAGGUUAUCAAACUGCAGUACGUAGCCGACGAGAACGGAUACCAACCUCAGGGCUCACAUCUUCCAACUCCACCCCCCAUUCCAGAGGCGAUCCUUCGCGCUUUGGAGUACAUCCGGGCCCAUCCACCAAAAGAAGAACCCAACAAAUGA